AUCAAUUUAAAAAUGUAUUUGUAUGUGUUUCAGUGAAUGGUACAUCAAUGGAGAUUACCUCGUGAUUCUGGUCUCGAUUAUUGUCAUCCUGCCUCUGUCAUUAUUCAGGAACUUAGGUUACCUUAGUUACACCAGUGGUCUCUCUCUGCUCUGCAUGGUGUUCUUUCUGAUUGUGGUGAUCAUAAAGAAGUUCCAGAUCCCAUGCCCUCUGCCUCUUCCUGACACUGGAAAUGAAACCAUGCAUAUGUUCAACAUCACCCCCCACAGCGACAACGUCACUAUAGAUGAUGACACUUGCAAGCCUAAAUACUUUGUCUUUAACUCACAGACUGUCUAUGCUGUACCCAUCAUCACUUUUGCCUUCAUGUGCCAUCCUACUAUCCUACCCAUGUAUGAGGAGCUCAAAGACCGCUCACGCCGAAAGAUGCAGAAUGUGGCCAACGUUUCCUUCCUGGCCAUGUUCAUCAUGUACCUGCUGGCCGCCCUCUUUGGAUACCUCACCUUCAACAGUAAGUUGG